GCAACCCCCUCUCCCCCUUUUCCUUGAAGGACAAGCCCACGCACAGGUCCCCUUCUUCCUCCUUGCUCCUGCCUUUCCUCCUCUAAACAAGAUCGGAACAAGAUCUGCCCCGUCUAUGGCGUCUUGAAAGAACAAAGCCGACGCAGGAACACCUCCUUCCUCCUCCUUGCUCCAAAAAUCAGAUCUGGAGAGAAAAAACCAGACCUACCUGCCCCUAAAAAGGUUGAUUGUUCAUGAUGAUUGAUCUGAAUGAACCACCGCUUGACAUAGAGUCCAUCAACAUUUCAGUCGAGUUGGGUGCACCCUUCUUGCAUGCAGGGGGUGAACAGGGACAUCAACAACUAGAGGAGGAGGUUGGUGAGUCUCCUGACCCCAAUAUUGGAUCUAACACUGCUCAUGUCCCGGACAAACGUGUUGCCACUCCCCCACCUAUGGUUGCUCCUGCUAAUGCUUUAGUUCAUGAGACACGUGAGUUGGAAGAUGAAGAAGCUGGAUCACAGCCACAACAACCUUAUGUUGGCAUGCGCUUCGACACAUUAGAGGAUGCGAGGGAACACUACAAUCGCUAUGCUUUGAUGGAGGGCUUUUCAAUCAAGUCAAAUACGUCUUACAGGUCGUCCUACACAAGUGUGUUGGAAAAACAGCAAUUCUGCUGUAACAAGUUCCGCAAACCAGUAGAGAGAGUUGGGAUCCCAGAUGUUCCCUUGUCGAGCAAAAACACUACAUGUCCAAGCUCACCUGAACAAGAUGUUGAAGAUGAUGUCGAGGAACACACUUUCAAGAAGAAGAGGAAACGGGAAACUGUGAAGCGAACAAAAUGUCGUGCUAAGAUGGUGGUGAAGCUUAAAGAUGACAGAUGGGAGGUUAUCACUUUUAUUGCAGAUCAUAACCAUCCACUGAUUGAGAAGCCAUCACUUUCGAAAUACCUCCGUUCUCACCAAGGAAUCCCGCCGGAACAGAAAAAACUACUGACUCACCUAAAUGACUGCAACUUGACAGCAGGUACAAAACUCACAUUGCGUUAAGUCUUUUUACCACAGAACUGUUACUUAUUCCUGCAUCAAAGUACCUUGACCUGAGCCAACUAUGUUCAUUUUUUAUGCAACUAUGUUCAUUUUUUGUGCAACUCUGGUAAUUAAAAAAAUCAUGACCCAAAACAGAAACACCUUGGUGUUGCCUAUUCCUACCUCAACUACUUGGGUUUGUUUCAUAUCCUAGUAUAAGCUGCUUAGGAUUCAUGGGCAGCCCUGACCAGGGGGAAAAACUGGCAACUUGAAAAGUAAACUGAGGCAACUAUGUUCAUUUUCCGUGCAACUCUGAAAAAAAAAAGACAUCACCCAUCAAAAAACAUAACUUGGUUGGAUACAGGCUUGGUUCUUGUUCUGCUUAUGCAUAAAUGUUACUUUAUGUUAUCUAUAAAAAACAUGUUGCUCGCUGCAUUGUGGUUAGUUAGUCCUGAAAAAAACAAGUUUCUAUUUUUUUAUGCCAGGAAAAAUGAUGAUGUUAAUGUCAUCAUACUACAGCUCGGAGUUGAUUGUUCCGUACACAGCUAAAGCUAUCCAUAACAACUGU